AUUUAUACAGGGAAUAUUUCAAAUUCAAAUGAAAAUGGAUUGUGUCAAAUUCAAAAGUUCAAUGAAUCUGAUCAAACAGGCAAUAUAAAAGAUUUAAUUCAAAUAUUUCAAUUGGAAACGAUAUUAAUUUUCAAUGCGAUUUUAUUAAAACGCCGAGUUUUGGUCUACCAUAAUAAUUUACAUGAUUUGUUAAAAUAUAUGAAAGCAAUUUCAUCUUUAGUACGCCGUCGAGAUCCAAAUUUUUAUUUACAUCCAUGGGUGGAAGAUAAUUCGAAUGAACUAUUAGAAUUUAAGUCCAAAAAUUGGUACGUUGUUGGAACGAUUCAAAAAUCAAUAACCACAAAAACAGAAUUAUUCGAUUUAAGUGUAAACAUUCCAAACGCAGAAAUCCAAAUAAUGCCAAAUGCAAAAGAGUCUUUCACUAUGACAAAAACACAUAAAGAAAUUGCCUUAUCAAUGGUGCAAUUAUCACAAGACACAAAUGUAUCCGAUUACGAUAUCGAAUGUAUAUUGUCAGAUAAAGUUGAUGAUAUAAUUACACAAUUAAAAUCGUUAGGUACAGUCGAUGUGAACAAUGGUGAUAAUGAAAAAUUUAUAACAUUGGAACAUUUACGUUCGAAAAAGUUUAAUGCUAAUAUUGAAAUGUUUUUAUUUAAUUUAGCACUUGCAGAGAAUAUCAUUAUGUUGUAGAGAA